AUGGAGAAUCCGCUCAAGGCACUGAGUCCAUCACAGAAGCGCGUUUUGGCGGUGGUGUUGUUGGGCGGGGGCUGCUCUGCGGCGUCGUACCUUGGCCACGAGAUCGCCAAGGCUCAGGCGGAACAGAAAGAGCUCGCCGCGGACCUCGAAAAGUCUAACGGUCGCAAGAAAUCAAGGAUCGCAGUGGACAGGGUGUUUGCGCGGAGGCUGCUGCGCAUCUUGUCCAUAUGCAUUCCAUCGCCGUUUUCGAAAGAGGCACUUCUGGUAUUGUUCCAAGGGGGUCUGCUGUUCUCAAGAACACUGCUGACACUGCGGAUGUCACGAUCCGAGGGCAAGGCUGGCAGAGCCUUGGUGACGUUGGAGCUGGAGACGUUCUGGAGAGAGGUCUUGAAGUUUGGGGCCAUUGGAAUUCCAGCGGCCCUUGUCAAUGCUGGUUUAAAGUACAUGCAGAAAUACAUUCAGCAGGUCUUCCAGGAAAGGGUGACUAAGCAUUUGCACCUUCACUACUGCAGCAACCGUGCAUACUAUGCUGCAUCCACUCUUGGAGGGCUCACCCUUGCUGACCAGAGGAUCACAGAGGAUGUAGAGAAGUUUGCUGAUGCGAUCAGUGAGCUGUACAGCUACACAUUAAAGCCUCUCCUGGAUGUCGUGCUCUUCACUCGAGCAUUGGCACCAGUGAUGGGUUACCAGACACAGCUGGGGCUGUAUUUGUAUUAUGUUUGCACAGCUCUAAUUCUCAGAUCGACAAGUCCACCCCUGGCAAUGAUGGUUGCUCAGGAGUCAGGCUUGGCAGGCUCUUUCAGAAGCGCACAUCAGAGGCUGGUUGCCAACGCUGAGGAGGUGGCAUACAAUGAUCCACCUGGUGGUGCAACAGAACAACUUGUGCUGAACCAGCACCUGCACAGGCUGCUGCGCUACACUGAGCUCUCUGCGUUUCAGAGGUUUGUGUACAAGAUGACUGAGGGCUAUUUGGUGAAGUAUUUCGCCUCCUGCAUCACACUCCUGGUGUACGCUGUCCCCAUUUACUACCAGGCCCCUGAGAUGCGCCAGUCUCAGGACCAGCUAACUCAAGAUUACAUCAGGGCCAUGCGUCUCCUGCAGAAUACCUCCAGGGGCAUUGGCGAUCUGAUUAUGGUGUACAAACGAGUGACGACCCUUUCAGGUCACACAUCAAGGGUCUCUGAGCUUCUAGAACAGGUUGAGCAAUUGAGUUCUGCAGAUGCAGAGCAUAAGGACCUUUUCCUGAAGAACAUUUCUGCGACUGGGGAGGCAGCAGGAAUGGACAACCUUGCCACAGGUCUGGGUAUGGGCUCCGGUGCAGAUGUUGUGGCCCCAAGGCGUUUGGUUGGCGAUGUGAUAAAGUUUCAUCGUUUGGCUCUCAAUGCCCCAGAUGGCACACCCCUCAUUCGGGAGUUGUCGUUUGAAGUGAAGCCUGGUCAGUCUGUCAUCUUGAUGGGACCCAAUGGCAGUGGCAAGUCAUCUCUUAUGAGGGUAUUGGCUGGGUUGUGGCCACUCAUGGCUGGUGAGAUCACCACACCUGCCAAGCACGACAUGUUCUACCUGUCCCAGAAGGCAUACCUUGUGACGGGCUCGCUGAGGGACCAGCUGCUUUACCCCGACCCUCCCCAGAUGGUUUGGAGGACAGCUAGAAGGGAAGACAAGCGCCAUUUCGUCAACGUGCGAGGCCGUGCCCCCACAGCCGUUGAUGAUUCGAGGCUGCUGGAGUGCCUCGAGCUUGUGGAGCUUGGAUACCUGGUGACAAGGGGGAAGGGCUGGGAACAAGUUCAAAAAUGGGAGGAGACGUUGAGCGGCGGGGAGAAGCAGCGCAUUGCAAUGGCCAGGCUCCUCUUCCAUCGCCCCAAAUAUGCCAUAUUGGAUGAAGCCACCAGCGCGGUGAGCGCUGAUGGCGAGCAGAAGCUUUACGAGGCGUGUCUCAGGGCUGACAUUACACUGCUCUCCAUAGCACAUCGGCAUUCGGUGAAACGAUUUCAUUCUUUAGUGAUAAAUUUCGACGGCAGUCAAUCUGGCAAUGGCUGGAGCAUUGAAGAGUGA